AUGUCAUAUAAGCUAAGCAUCAAGGCAGUUGUAUUUUGCGUAAAAUUUACUGCUUAUCUCUUUUAUUACAACUCUUAAUAACUUGUUAGUCUUUAUGUGAAAGAUAUUGGAUGUGAUUCAAGAUUAUUGGAAAAUGAAACCUUAUAACAACAAGCCAUAAAUGGUUGUUUCUACGUCUAUAUGAAGACAUCUAAAAUUUCACAAUUGUCUGGUAAAUUCUUGAGAAGAAUAAGUAUUACUCAAUUUUCAAAAGAGAUUAAUAAACUCUAAAGUUUGAAGAGGUUAUUUCAGGAGAAGAAUGUUAUUUUGAAGUAGGGAUUUCGUUGCCAAAAGUUUAAGAUAUAUGAGUAAUAUAAAUAAAGUUAUUAUUUUUAUGUUGUUGAAGAGAGAUACAAAUAUGAUUAGAAUUGA